CUUACAUUUUGGGUUGACCGUUCCGUCUUAAAGUCCAUUAUGAUUACCUGAGCUAUCUCGUUCUUAGCACUAUGAUUCAACUAUAACACAUGGACGAUAUGUGGCUUUCUCUCACGUGGAAGUCGUAUUUCAUCAUGUUCCUUCACCGAUGUGAAGCAAUGGACCACGAUGACUCUUCAUUCAAAAAGAUCGAAGUGCUGUCCGACGCGGAGCUUGUCGAAGCAACCAUCGAGGUGUUAUGCAAUGCAGUAGAGUAUAAUCUGCGGUACAAAGGUAAUUACUCACGCAUUGAUCGCGACGAGACUGAGUGCGAUGAGAGUGUCUUUGAGAUAUUCAAUUGCAAACGGCGGCAUGUCGAAGUGGCCCAUGAGAAGGAGCAUGCGAUUGUGCAUGUUUUCGGCCAGUGUCGGAAGAAGGAUGACAAGGAAUAGGAAGAGCGGCUUGGGGAGGCAUACGAUGAGUAGGAGACACUUUCGGAGGAUGCGCGCGUUCCAGAAGACGUGGUCUUGUAGCUGAACAUGUAGUCUGCAGCUCAUCCUUACCUGUUUCACAGUAGUGUCGGGACAGAAUCGGUAU